AUGGCGGGCCCUGGUUGGUGGAAAUGUGGGCCCGGUUGCGUGCUGGUUGCGUGCCGGUUGGCUGGUUUUGCUGGGGGCUUGCCGUCGACCGUCAAGUGCGAGUAUCCCGCGCGACUCUGCGGCAGCUGCUGGGGCCGGCUGGCGGCGCGUGGGGUGCAGAAGAGCUGGAGAGGCGACACUGGUCCACGUGUUGCUGUUACUACCUGGCAGCUCGGUCGGGCAGCCGGCCGGAUUCCUGUCCUUCAGGCGACGACGGAGUGGUCGGGCGGAAGCGGUCUG